CCAUGGUACUUUGACUAGGCAAUUCAUCAUCAUGUCUCAGGUGCAUAAGAUAAUAUUCCCACUCUUUGAGUCUUACCAUCCUUUUCGUUUUAUUAAUCGGUUUCCAACAUAUACAAAGCCAUCCCUUGGUUUGGCUGUGAUCGUAUACCGGAGGACCAUGUAGACUAACGGUGCUAUGAAAAUGUCAACGGGGCUUCUGCAGCCCGGUGAUCGUCAUCUCAAGGUUGACGGAUUGUCAGUGUAGGGGCCGGAUUAGCUUUCCCCUCAUUGACUGUAAGCGCUGCGCAGGUCUAAUGGAUCUGUAGCGACCUGUCACAAGGCAUCGGUGAAUCAUUCCAGUUGGGCUCGAGGUGGGAAGAGGACUCAUUGCAGAGUUGGUCUCGUCGAGAGCAUUGUGAUGGGAGGUCGAGCGAAUGAUGUGGACUGGUUGAGGACAGUGGCAUCCUAUUUGGUGGUCGUCUAUCACGCGGCGCAGAUCUUCGACUUCCAGAACAAAUCGUACUACAAAAAUGCAGAAAGGUCACCUUCUCUGGAUCUGUUCACGCGAUUUGUGCAUCUUUGGCACAUGCCGCUCUUCUUCCUGUUGGCAGGCUGGUCGUGCAAACUGUCCUUGGAGAGAAGGGGAGCGGCAAAGUUCUUGAUCGAAAGAGCUCAGAAGCUCCUCGUCCCGCUUCUAUUUGGCAUGCUCGUCCUCUGUGCUGCUCCCCGAUGGGUUGAAUACAGAUGUGGGCGGUGGAAACCACGAUCGGAAGAGGGCAGUCCCUCGCCUCUUGUCCAUUCGUUCACCACAUUCUUACGUGUUCAUUAUUAUUUCGAAGGGCUGACAUGGAACCAUCUUUGGUUUCUGGUGUAUCUGUUCACAUUUUGUGCUAUCUACUUACCAGGGUUUUGGCUACUCUCCCAUCAGGUCUCCGGGAGGCCAAGGGGUCAUCCAAAGUGGACAUGGGUGAUGGCAAAUGGUCCUGUCGUCCUUUUGGCAGUCGUGCAAUUGAGACUUCGAAAUCGAUGGCCAGGCUAUCAAAAUCUUGUUGACGACUGGGCUAACUUCUGGUUUUACUCAAUUUUUUUCAUAGCUGGCUUCUGUCUUUCUCUGUCCAAAAGUUUGGAGGAUCAUAUUCAUCUUCACUGGAAGAUGAAUGGAGCAUUGGGGCUACUGUCUUGCUGUCUGUACGUGUUUCCUGAUUCUUUCAGCCGACUUUACUUCUCCAAUUCGGAGCAUAUACAACAUGUUUUAUCCUCCUCAGGUGCAUGGUACUUUGUUUGCUUUCUUCGUUCAGCCGCUCAUCGAUAUCUCUCGAACCAUCCCGCCCCAGCCUUUUUGUCGGACAACGCGUUCCCUGUGUACAUUAUUCAUGAAGUCCCGCUCUUCCUGUUUGCACAUUUCGUACUUGGAAAGUGGUCUGCCCCCGUCGGAAUCAAAUUUGCUGCCUCUGUCACGGUCGCCCUGCUCAGCAGCCUUCUUGUCCUACAAACUAUCGUUAACCGCAGUCGCGUUUUCAGUUUCCUUCUGGGGGCUAAGGAAGUGAAGCGAGUUAAAUCAGGACCACACCAGGAUUAGGAUCGAGUAGAAGGUGCUAAUUACUUCUAUGUAGCAGGAAUGGUAUUUUUCGUGGUUCUCGUUCGGGAUCUGUAAGAAAAGGCAAGGUCAGCCACGAUGGUAUUAAAUUGGACCUCAUGUAAAACCGUGGCUGUGUUGCUAAUUUCGCUGUGAGGGACACAACCCAUGUGGGCAGACAUGUACUCGUUUUGGCUGGGUGGGUGGAAGGCUGUGUGCCAUAGAUGAAAGUCAUGGAGGAUCUGUUUGGGGAGACAGGAAGAGCUCUCGAGUGCAGGCUGAACACAUUUUCCUUCUACUCACAUGUACGCGAGUCUAAUGAAGAUGUGUCUUGCAAGCAUUCUGCAACCAAGGAGAUCGGUCUUUCUGAAACGUCCUCUGAAUCAUUGGGCAUGGAUAGUUCUUCCCUAUUUAAUUUGCAUCCUACCGCAGAAUAUCCGCGGGGAACAAAAACUGAAUGAUAUUGCGCAAAUCGAGAGGAAAAUGUUGAAAUUGUAGCAACUUUCCUUGCACCCUACGCUGGACACAGUUCGCC